AUGGCCGACUCGGCGGACCUCAAUCUCGACGCGCCUAGCGACCUCCAGGAUAUUCCGGAGAUGGCGAUGCAGUUGGUUCCGCCGCCGGAGGGGACGUUUGCUGACAAAGCGUCGCUCCUGGCCGCUGUGCAAGCCCACGGCAAAGCCCACGGGUACAAUGUUGUCGUCAAGUCGUCGAGCACCCCGACAGAGAAGAAGCCCGGCCGUACGGCCAAGGUCUGGCUGCGCUGCGACCGGGGUGGCCAUUACCGCCCCCGGAACGGCCUGACGGAGGAGACGCGCAAGCGGAAACGCACCUCGCGCCUGAUGGACUGUCCCUUUAUGCUGGUUGCAGCUGGUACUCCUGGCAUCUGGACUCUCACCGUCUUGAAUCCCACGCACAACCAUGGGCCCAUCAUCGAGCGGCCGCGCCAGGUGCCUCAUCACAAGGUGAAGAAGGGUCAGAUCUCCUCCGUACCCUAUGACUGGCCGCACGAUGCCACCUUUACGCCAUUUACUACUGCUCUCGUCAUCAUCGAUAUGCAAAAGGACUUUUGUUCGUCUGGCGGGUACAUGGAGUAUCAGGGAUACAGCAUUGCCGCAGCGCAGGCUCUGAUUCCCAAGCUGCAGCGUGUCCUCCAUGCAUUCCGCUCUUCUGGCUUUCCAGUAUACCACACCCGUGAAGGCCACCGACCUGAUCUGUCUACAGUUUCGACCCGGGAGACGUACCGGUCUCGGAACAAUGCGUCUGGCCUCGGCAUCGGUUCCCCUGGACCUCUCGGGCGUCUUCUUAUCCGCGGGGAGAUCGGCCAUGACACCGUGGACGAACUGUACCCGAUUCACGGGGAACCCGUCAUUGACAAACCCGGCAAGGGAGCCUUCUCACACACGGACUUUGAGCUCCUGCUCCGGAACAAGGGCGUGAAGAAUCUGGUUCUGGCGGGCGUCACGACGGACGUGUGUGUGUCGACGACUAUGCGCGAAGCCAACGACCGGGGCUUUGACUGUCUUGUACUGGAAGACGGCACGGCCGCCAGCGAGCCCUCUCUGCACAUCAGCACGCUCGAGUCCGUCAAGAUGGAAGGAGGCAUUUUCGGCGCAGUCGCCAAAUCAGAGGAUGUGAUUCACGCGGUCGAGAACUUCAAAGCCAUCACGGUGAAGAAACUUGCGCCUCAAAUGACGGUUUAA